GACAAAAUCGCGCGGUGUGUCUUCAGCUGUACAAAUGUGUCUCAAAACUUUGUCUCUGAUACACACUAGCAAGGAAUAAACUACAACAACACAUCUGCAGGAAAAGCGACAGCUUCUCAUCUUCAAAAUGAGCGACGACACAGACUCCCCUCCUGAGAGGGAAAUGAAGGAUUUUCAAUUUCGUCAGAUGAAGAAAGCAAGAGUUUUCGAACCUGCUGAAGAUUUGCCAAAAGACAGGUCUAGUCUGCUUGCCAUCUCAAACAAGUUUGGUUUAACUUUUGUGGGGCUUGGCAGAAUAUUCAAAAUAUACUUAACUCAAGAUAUUCUGGCUGCGGAUAAAAUUGAUGGCAACUCCAACGAAGUAGUCAAGGGGAUACCAGCCGUGGCUGAGGUGACUGUGGAACUGGAUCUGCACCACUUGACUCUCAGUUGUGAUGAACUCACUUUGUCAGUCUGUGGCGUGUCUGAGGAGGCGGGUUUGUCCCUCACGUUCUAUGAUGUGCGCACGUUAAUGAAUAAGGCGAGACCACAGAAGCUACCUUUUGCAUCCUUGCAGCCAUCUGUACCCCCUGGCACUUUAGUCCAGGACCUGAAGUGGAAUCCCGCUCAAGCAUCCAUGUUGGCUGCCUGUCUGUCUGAUGGCAGUAUGAUGAUUCUGGAUGUUACUGACGUUGUCAAAGUACAAGCUGAGCUACCUGCUUUAAGUGGCAUCACCUGCAUUUGCUGGAGCCCUAAAGGAAAGCAAGUUGCUGCUGGAAAAAUGAAUGCCACAGUCAGUCAGUAUACACCAGCUCUAGAAGAAAAGAAAGUCAUCCCAUGUCCACACUUCUACACUUCUGAGGAACCUGUUAAAGCUCUGGAUGUGCUGUGGUUGAGAACGUAUGUGUUUGCAGUGGCCUAUGCAGCUGCCGAUGGGUCUCUUGAGACCCCUCCUGAGCUUGUGUUGAUCUCCCUUCCUAAAAAAGAUGAGAAAGUGGAGACAAAGUAUCUGAACUUCGGUGACAGUGUGUACGGCAGCUGCACUGAGCGACAGCACCACUACUUCCUUAGUCAUAUAGAGGACUGGGAUCUGGUGUUUGCGGCAUCAGCAGCUUCCAUUGAGGUCAGCGUUAUUGCCAGACAAGAUGACAAGAUGUGGGAACUUUGGCUCCUAGAAGAUGCAAGCAGGGCUGAGCUUCCAGUGACUGAUACAAGUGAAGACACUUUGCCCCUUGGUUUAGCUAUAGACUACACCAGCCAGCAGGAGAUCCACAUCACUGAUGAGAAGACCUUGCCCCCAGCACCCACAAUGCUAAUGCUGUCCACAGAGGGAUUACUCUGCCCAUUUGCUCUACUCAACCUCAAUCCUGGGGUUAAGCAACUGGUCUCACCUCCUACUGCCCUGUCCUUGGAAGGGGAAAGACUGCCCAAACCAGCUGCCCUCUCAAACCUUGGUCUUACUUCAGUAGCUGCACCCAGUCCUCCAACCAUCGCUGCAUCUUCCUCCGCUGCCCCCUUCAGCAUCGUUCCUGCUGCACCUGUGUCGUCAUCCUCAUCGGGCUUCACUUUCUCGAUCCCGACUACCUGCUCCACCUCAGCCCCUUCGGCGUUCUCCCUGGGGGGAUCGGCACCUUUUGGCUCAGGCUUCUCCUUUGCCUCCAAACCUCCCUCUGACACUCCCUCCGCAUCUUCAGCAUUUUCUUUCAACACCAUCCCUAUCAAACCGUCAGCAGUGGCAGUCCCAGCUCCAGCUUCAACACCUCAGAGCCUUGCCACUGCUUCACCACCGACAGUGAAACUAAAUCUAAAUGAGAGGUUUUCAGCUGUGGAGACUCCACCGCCAGCUUUCUCUUUCAGUUCCUCGCUGCCCAAAACAGUCGCCUCCAGCUCUAGUAGUUUGGCCGCCCCUGCACUCUCGACCACUAAGCCACCAGCAGUAUUAGCCCCAGUGCGUCCAGUUCAAACCACCACACCUCCCACAGUUGUCCAGAAGCCUUCUCCUGCUGCUCAGACCCGUGUCCAAGCUCCACAGGCGGCUGUUAGUAUGAAGGCCCUGGAGAAGCAGUUACAGCAAAAGAAGGACUCUGAUCCCAUCAUGGCUGGUAUAUUGGAGGAGAUUGCACACUUCCAGAAGGAGUUAGAUGACCUUAAGGCACGAAGUGCCAAAGCUGACUUUAAGGUUGGAACUAACGAGGAGAUGAAGGAUUUGAGGAAGGAGUCAGAAGACCUCCAUAUUUUCACCCUGGAGAUCAAGGAAACUACAGAGUCUCUCCAUGGGGACAUUGGCACACUGAAGACAACUUUACUGGAGGGCUUUGCUGGGGCAGAAGACGCGAAGACCCAGAGCGAACUGAGCAAAGACAGAAAUUACAGACAGCUGCUGUACAAAAAACCUCUGGACCCACGCAGCGAGGAACAGCUCAAGGAGAUACGCAGACUGUACCAGUAUGUUAUGUUUGCUGUGGAGGAUGUCAAUGACGUCCUGGAUGUCGAGUGGGAGAAACACCUGGAGAAGAAGAAAAAGCAAAAGCACAUGGUUGUGCCGGGACGUGAAGGUCUGUUUACUACACUGGCCAACAACCUGUACAUCAUCAACCAGCAGAAGAACAGAUUGGACCAGCUGGUGAAGCAACUCACUUCACUGCGCCUCUACAGCAAAACAACCACUCCGACCAUAAACCAAAAUACUGCUACGGCAACAUCAGCUGGUUUGGAAAGUGAGCUUGAGAGUUUAAGGGAUGCCCUCCUGAAAGCCAGACUGGACACUACCUCCCCUCAGGCCAAAUCCAAAUCUCCAGCGGUGAAGAUAUCACCAGUUAAACAGUCACAGCUGCGCAACUUCCUUUCAAAGGGACAGAUGCCUCCUGUGCGCUCAACUGCACCAGCUAACCUGUCCCGCUCAGCCUUCCUUUCACCUAAAUACUAUGAGGACUUGGAUGAUGUGAGUUCGACGUCCUCCCUGUCCCAGCCCUUGGACCCUCACCCACCUGACUUGGAGCUCGAAGAGGAGGAACUGCAGCCACUGCCCCUACCCAUGACUGUCAUACCACCAUCAUUGUCCACUCCCCGCCACCCCACAGUCGUCAGGACCCCCUCUAUCCAGCCGGGCUUUGGAGCCAUCCAGUCCACGCCUUUAACCAAAAUUCACUCAGUACAGGGUAUGGGCUUUGGUCUCAGCCCCAUUGCCAGCCCUGUUCCAACCAAUAAGAUCAACCUCAGUGGGGCCGAUAGCACUGCUCUUGCCACCAAGACAGUAAAGCAUGGAGCUCCCCCUACUGAGAGGGCCAUACCUGUCACCAUCCCUGCCCAGCAGGCUGCAGCCACAGCUGCUCUACGCAGGCAGAUGGCCAAUCAGAAGACAGCUGUUGUCAGUACUUCCCUGACAGAGUCCACUUUGAAGACAGUUCCUCAGGUGGUUAAUGUCCAGGAGAUCAAGGACAAAGGGCCUCCUGUGCCGGUUUCUUCCAUCAUCAGCUCCUCAGCACCAGAUCCAACCUCUCAGGCCUUUGCAGCAGUGUCCAACCAAGCCAAACGAAAUCCUGCCCAAGGUAUCCAAAAGAUGUCCACUGAAAAUACAUCCAUCCCACAGACAAGCUUUGUGUUUGGUCAGCCGUCCAAAACAGAUCUUUCUGUGGCUCCUGCUAGCUCAGUGGAGCAAAGCACCAGCAAAGGAUUCUCUUUCGCUUCAGGGUCUUCAGGCUUCAGCUUCGCCUCAGUGUCACAAGGAGCUGGAAUGCCACAAGUGAAGGAUGUGAAUAAAUUCUCCUUUGCUGGAAAUGGCAAGAUGGUGUUUGGCCAGACUGCAGAGGAGUCCUUCUCGCUCACCCCUAAGUCCACCUCCCCUGCUCUUGGCUCUGGGUCCCCCACGUUGGCUCCAAACCCAUCAGGUGAAGCAGUCAAACACACCUCAACCACAGCUGCUCUCAGGACAGACCCACAGCCUCCAAAGACGAUCGGAGGAGAGACUCUGGGCAGUUUCUCUGGACUGCGUGUGGGCCAAGGUGAAGAAGCAAAAGAUUCUACCACCAAACCUGCUGCUGCUGCGUUUACUUUUGGGGAGAGUGGACUUGGCAUUAGCAAGGGAGCACCACAGUUUAGUUUUGCUGCGGGUCUCCAAAAGUCUACAGAAGAUUCUGCAGCAGCAGACUUGUCCAAGGGCACAGCAUCUGGCAGUUUGUUUAAGCCUCCUGAAUCAAACUCCAAGCCAGUCUUCUCUGUUCCACAGUCUGGCUCAACUGCCUCAGCUUUGCCUACAUCUUUCAGUAGUCUUCUUGCAGCUUCUUCAGAUUCAUUAGAGGAGCCGAAGGCUCCUCCGCAACCUUCAGAACCCACACCGCCCCCUGACAAAGAGUCUACUCUCACUGAACCUGUGGUAGAGAGCACCAGUAGCUCUGUAGUACCUGAGCCUGCGGCAGAUGCAGCCACCACAGAAACCACAGCAAUCACACCGACACCCGCAGCACCAACACCGUCCCUUCCUUCGGCCACUACUGCCCCUGCUCCAGACCCUCCCUCUACCAUCACUGCACCAGCUGAAGCAACGCCUCCAGCACCAGCCAGUGCUCCUUCUACAUUAGAAGUCACACCUGACCCCUCUGCCAGUGCUCCUGUGCCUACAUCAGCUGCUGUCACCACAGCACCUGUAACCCAGGUAGCUCCAGCAGCAUUCCAAGUGCCCAAUUCUGACAAACCUGGAUCCAUUUUUACUCAGCCUGCUCCUGUCACAACAGACAGCAGCUCCCUUGGAGUCACACCAGUUAUCAUCACAGUUACUCCAGCAGCCACCACUCCCACCCCUACAGUUGUGAACAGUGCAGCAACUACUACUGCUAACACAGUGUUUGGGCAGUCUGCAGCACCUCCAGUUUCUUCAGCCCCAGCAUCCACAGGAUUUGGCUCAGCUGGGUUUGGUGCAUCAACUGGAGCAGGUUUCGGCAAAUCCGUUUUUGGCCAGGUGAGUGGCUUUGGCCAGCCUGCCAGCAACACUGGAACAUCUGGUGGUUUUUCUUUUGGCCAAUCUGCAUUUGGAGCAAGUUCUAGUGCUGCGACAACUGGAGGAGGGGGUCUUUUUGGUGCUUCUACUGCUAGCAAUGCGAGUUCCUUUUCCUUUGGUACGAGCAGUGCCAACACAUCCAGCAGCACUGGCUCCGGGCUGUUUGGACAAAGCACAGCCCCAGCGUUUGGCCAGAGCUCUGGAUUUGGACAAGGAUCUGUGUUUGGGAGUAACACCACCACAUCCUCAUCUUCAGGAUUCAGCUUUGGACAGCCCUCAGCUUUUGGCUGCUCUUCUGCCACCCCUGUGUUUGGCCAGCAAUCUAACAGCGGGAGCAUAUUUGGACAGCAACAGCCAUCAUCUGGCGGAAGUCUAUUUGGCUCAAGUUCAGCCAAUACAGCCGGCUCAUCUGCUGGUGGAGGAUUCUUCAGUGGUCUGGGAGGCAAACCGAGCGAAGACGCUGCCAACAAGAACCCGUUCGGCACUGCUGUCUCCACUGGAGGGUUUGGACAGUCCACUCAGACAGGUACCAACAGUCUCUUUGGGAAUAGUGGUGCCAAGACAUUUGGUUUUGGACAGUCCUCCUUUGGAGAGCAGAAACCUAGCGGAACCUUUAGCACUGGAGGAGGAAGUGUUGCAUCCCAGGGCUUCGGCUCCUUUUCUUCACCUACAAAACCAGGUGGUUUUGGCAGUGCUCCAGUGUUUGGGAGUCCCCCUUCUUUUGGUGGUACCCCAGCAUUUGGUGGUGGAGCAUCAUUUGGCUCCAGCCCUUCUUUCAGCAACCCCAUGGGUUCCUCAGCCGGUAAGGUGUUCGGAGAGGGAACAGCUGCUGCCAAUAUGGGAGGAUUUGGGUUCGCCUCACCCCCCAGUGCCCCGUCUUUUGGUGCUCUAGCCAAUCAGGCCGCUCCGUCAUUCGGGAGCCUGGCCCAGCAGGGCCCUGGGUUUGGAAAUCAGCCCAGCAGCUUCUCGGGCUUUGGACAACAGCCACAGGCAGGAGGAUUCUCCGGAAACACCUUUGGGUCUGCAAAUCAAUCAAGUCCACAAACAUUUGCCAGUUGGAGAAACUAGUUUUGUUAAGGCUCCAUGAGUAACUGUACGCACCGCUGCGAUUAAUCUUCCUUCAAUCAAGCUCUUUGUGCCACACAAUGGGAGAAGAGAAAUGCUAAAUCGCAUUUGGGUUUAAGGGAUAAAUAAAGUGAAGUAGGAGAUAUAUUUUCAUGCAUUUUCUUUGUAAAAACAUUUGGAUAUUUUAGAAAAAUACAGCUUUUCAGUCAACUUGUUUGCUGUCUCCAUAUACUUUAUUCAUUUAUGCCAUUUUAGGAGGUCUUAGCUUCUUAAGACAGUGAGGUCAAGUACUGCCAUUGAUACGAGCAGAAGAAUGUACAGAAUGUAGCCACACGGUCUUUAUCGAUAUACACUACCAGUCAAAAAUUUGGACACACCUUCUCAUUCAAUGCUUUUUAUUUAUUUCUAUUAUUUUGUGCAUUGUAGGUUAAUACUGAAGAUUCACACUUUUUUGUUUACAAUAUAAUUCCAUAUGUAUUCUUUUAUAGUUUUCAUGUCUUCAGUCUUGAUCUACAAUGUACAAAAUAAUCAACUAAAAACCACUAAAUGGGAAGCUGUAUCCAAACUUUUGAUUGGUAGUGUAAUUACAAGGUAAUUUAGCCUUAUUUCAUGUUGUGGCUAGCAUUUAAAAUAUUCAGUUUCUGCAGCUGUACAAAACCUUUCAAGCUUUCCUACUGAACAUUUCACGCUUUCAUGAAAUUAUGCAGAACUGUGUUCUCAGUGUUGCUAUAUAUUAAAAUUCAGCUCAGUGCUGUGUAACUGUCAAUGCAGCCUCCAACAGAUAUAGCGUAUGUCAAAAAUGUACCUCUUUGAAGAAGGUAUUAAAAUUAAACACACCCAGCGUUUUGAAUGAUAAUGAAAAGUCUUUGAAAUGCAAAGGGGAAAAAACUUUUUCAACUGAUUUUUUGCAGUAAGCCCUUCCCUGGUUGUAUAUUUUUACAUGGAAUAAAUGAAAUUUCUCAAGUUA